AUGAGAAUACUGCGAGGAAUUGCUCGAAGAUCCAACAUGAUGCGUGGACGCUCCUCCUCGUUGCCAAAACAAUUUGCCAACCAUGAUGCACCCCGAAUAUCAGCCGCAAGCCGAGCACAAGCACAGCGACUAUCGGUCCGAGUACUUUCUACCAUUGAUAUUUCAUCAGUGCUGUCGAAUAGUUUGGUAGAAGGAGUCGGCAUCUGUGCUUUUGAUUUUGAAGAAGACGACGAUGGAACUUAA